GGCUUCCGUUCAGCGGAUAGGCAAGAUGGCUACGGCUGGGGGUGGCUCUGAGCCUGUCUGGGGAAGUCAGGCUCUUCUUCGCCUUCUGUCUUUCUGCGUCCUCUUGGCAGGUUUGUCCAGGGGAAAUUCAGUGGAGAGGAAGAUCUACAUCCCCUUAAAUAAAACCGCUCCCUGUGUCCGUCUGCUCAAUGCCACUCAUCAGAUUGGCUGUCAGUCUUCCAUUAGUGGAGAUACAGGAGUUAUUCAUGUAGUGGAGAAAGAAGAAGACCUGCAGUGGGCGUUAACUGAUGGCCCCAACCCACCAUACAUGGUACUACUGGAGGGCAAGCUCUUUAACAGGAAACUGAUGGAAAAGAUGAAAGGAACAUCCGGUCGUAUUGCUGGCCUUGCUGUAGCCUUGGCCAAGCCCAGUCCCCCCGAAGGCUUCUCUCCUAGUGUGCACUGUCCCAAUGAUGGGUUUGGUAUUUACUCCAAUUCCUAUGGGCCAGAGUUUGCUCAUUGUCAGGAUAAGCCGUGGAACCCACAUGGCAACGGCUUGGCCUAUGAAGACUUUAAUUUUCCUAUUUUUCUUCUUGAAGACGAAAAUGAAACCAAUGUCAUCAAACAGUGUUAUCGAGAUCACAACCUGAGUCAGAAUGGCUCAGCACCAACCUUCCCACUGUGUGCCAUGCAGCUCUUCUCACACAUGCAUGCUGUCAUCAGCACUGUCACCUGUAUGCGACGUAGCUCCAUUCAGAGCACCUUCAGCAUCAACCCAGAAAUUGUCUGUGAUCCUCUGUCUGACUAUAACGUAUGGAGCACGCUUAAGCCUAUAAAUACAUCUGGGACUUUAGGGCCUGACGACAAGGUUGUGGUUGCUGCUACCCGGCUGGACAGCCGUUCCUUUUUCUGGAAUGUGGCCCCGGGGGCUGAAAGUGCCGUUGCCUCCUUCGUCACCCAGCUGGCUGCAGCCGAAGCUUUGCAGAAGGCACCUGAUGUGACUACCCUGCCUAAAAAUGUCAUGUUCAUCUUUUUCCAAGGGGAAACUUUCGACUACAUUGGCAGCUCGAGAAUGGUCUAUGAUAUGGAGAAUGGCAAGUUCCCUGUGAAGUUAGAAAACAUUGACUCAUUUGUGGAGCUGGGACAGGUGGCCUUAAGAACCUCACUAGAUCUCUGGAUGCACACAGACCCCAUGUCUCAGAGAAACGAGACUGUACGGAACCAGGUGGAACACCUCCUGACCACCCUGGAGAGCAUUGGUGCGGGGAUCCCAGCUGUCAUCCUCAGGAGACCCAACCAGUCCUGGCCUCUCCCGCCAUCUUCUCUGCAGCGAUUCCUUCGUGCUCAGAACAUCUCUGGUGUGGUUCUUGCCGACCACUCUGAAGCCAUUCAUAACCCCUAUUACCAGAGCGUUUACGACACUGCUGAGAACAUUAACGUGAGCUACCCUGACCAGCUGAGCCCUGAAGAGGAUUUGAACUUUGUGACGGACACUGCCAAGGCCCUGGCGGACGUGGCCACAGUGCUGGGACGUGCCCUAUAUAACCUCGCAGGAGGAACCGCCUUCACUGACACAGUACAGGCUGAUCCCCAGACGGUUACCCGUCUACUCUAUGGGUUUUUGGUUAGAGCCAACAACUCCUGGUUCCAGUCCAUCAUCAGGCAAGACCUGAGGUCCUACUUAGGUGAUGGGCCUCUUCAACAUUACAUUGCCGUUUCCAGCCCCACCAACACCACUUAUGUAGUCCAGUAUGCCUUGGCAAAUUUGACCGGCACGGUGAUCAAUGUUACCCAAGAACAGUGCCAGGAUCCAAGUACAGUCCCAAAUGAAAACAAGGAUAUGUAUGACUAUUCCUGGGUUCAAGGCCCUCUGAAUUCCAACAAGACAGAACGACUCUCCCGGUGUGUGCGUUCCACAGCACGACUGGCCAGGGCUCUGUCACCUGCUUUUGAACUGAAGGAAUGGGGCUCUACUGAGUACUCCACGUGGACCGAGAGCCGCUGGAAAGACAUCAGUGCCCGGAUAUUUCUUGUAGCCAGCAAAGAGCUUGAGUUUAUCACCCUGAUGGUGGGCUUCGGCAUCCUCAUCUUCUCACUCAUCGUCACCUACUGCGUCAAUGCCAAAGCUGACGUCCUUUUCAUUACUCCUCGGGAGCCAGGAGCAGUGUCUUACUGA